AUGAGCACCCUCCAAGCCACGAAGGCUCCUGUCCUCAGGGGUGUAUCUCCUACUCCUAGCAAGAUUCCCGUCCGCUCUCAGAGACGCCCGCCUUUCCCCACAGUCAAACCCUGCGCCCUGGACCAGGAGAACCAAGAUCCAAAGAGAUUGGUGCAGAAGAUCAGCCUCGACUCAGCAGGCCCCAGGCCGAAAGUCACACAUCAAACAGAGAAAUCAGAGAGAUUGGUGGGGAGCACUCAGCUCCGGAACCCCUUGGAGGAACUGAGGCCUAGCCCUGGGGGACAAAAUGUGGGGCCUAGGCCCCCUCCCCAGACAGAGGCUCCAGGGACCAUAGAGUUUGUGGCCGACCCUGCAGCCCUGGCCACCAUCCUGUCAGGUGAGGGGGUGAAGAGCUGUCGCCUGGGGCGCCAGCCCAGUCUGGCUCAGAGAGUACUGAUCCGAGGGAGCCAGGGAGGCACCAUCCGUAGGGGCCAGGGUGCCCGGGCCUCUGCAUAUUUAGCCCCUAGAACCCCUGCCCACCGACUGGACCCUGCCAGGGCUUCCUGCUUCUCGAGGCUGGAGGGACCAGGACCCCGCGGCCGGACCUUGUGUUCUCAGAGGCUGGAGACUCUGAUUCCACCUUCAGGACCUUCCUUUCACCCCUCUGCUCACCCCAGUUUCCAGGAGCUAAGAAGAGUGACAGGUGGCGGCAGCCGGACUUCAGUGAGCCAGGCCUCAGGAUUGCUCCUGGAGACCCCAGUCCAGCCUGCUCCCUCUCUUCCUGAAGGAGAACAUGAAGUUGUUACUCGCUCAGAUGAAGGAGGAGGGGGCCCCCUAGGUCUGGCCCAGCGGGUACCAUUAAGAGAGAUAACCUACACCAGGGACAGCAGUGCCUCCCGCCUGAUACCCUCCCCUGGCCAUGUGGCACCACCUUCCAUCACCCAUCCAUCACCCUUUGGACGGGCUCAGCGUGUACCCUCUCCUGGCCCCUCAGCUCCAACCUCGUAUUCGGUUUUGCGGCGUCUUGCCAUUCGUCCCAAAACCCCGUUCACACCCAUCCUAUCGGCCCCCAGGGUUCAGCAGGCCCAGGGUUUGAGUGGCCUCUCCCCUCAGUCAUGCCCGGAAGAGCCUGCCCUGCCCUGGGAGCAGAUUGCAGUCCGGUUAUUUGACCAGGAGAGUUGUAUGAGGGCGCAGGAGGGGCCUGGGAACCCCCCUGUGGCGACUCCUCACCCUAGUACAACCCCCAAGCUCCGGGAGCUGAAGAUGCAGCGCAUCAGUAUCCUGCAGCAGCUGUUGCGACAGGAGGUAGAAGGGCUCGCUGGGGGCAAGUGUGCCCCCCUUAAUGGAGGCUCCUCUCUAGAAAUGGUUGAACUUCAGCUCCUGCUGGCUGAGAUUUCUAGAACCCUGAAUGCCCCAGAGCAGAAUUCAGGGACCUUACACCUUCCUGAACUGUUACAGGGCUCGGGGCUAGCAGAGCCCUGCCUUCCAGACAAGUGUGAGGAAGCACAGCCCUGCCCAGGAGCAAAGCUGGAGAUAGCUCAGCCCUGCCCUUCAGCAGAGCCAGGGCCCCCAGAAUCCGGCCAUAGGAGGGAGCCUGAGGUAUCAGAGCCCUGCCCUCCGGUAGAGCCCGGACGCCUGCAGGCCGACUCCCACAGGCAGACUGGACUCCUAGAGCACCCCCCUAGGAUAGAACCUGGGGCAUCAGAGCCCUGCUCCCUGGAACCUAGACGUCCAGAGUCCAGCCCACAGCCCUGCUGCAGUCAGUGGGCUCCAGCGACCACCAGCCUGAUCUUCUCCUCUCAACGCCCACUUUGUGCCAGUCCCCCUAUUCACUCACUCCGGUCUCUGAGGCCCCCAAGAGGCCAGGCAGGUCCCAGCAGUCUUGCCCCUCGAACCCUGGCCCUAAGGCAGCGCCUCAAAGCAUGUCUGACUGCCAUCCACUGCUUCCAUGAGGCCCGCCUGGAUGAUGAAUGUGCCUUCUACACCAGCCGAGCCCCACCCUCAGGCCCCACCCGGGUUUGCACCAACCCUGUGGCCACGUUACUUGAGUGGCAGGAUGCCCUGUGUUUUACUCCAGUUGGGUCUGCUGCCCCACAGGACUCUCUAUCAUGA